AUGGAGCGCUAUAACAAGAUUAAAUCUAUAGGUUCAGGUACUUUUGGCCAAGCUUGGUUGGUAGAAUCGGUCACUAGCCAGAGAAGGUAUGCAUUAAAGGAACUUGGUGUCACCGCUAUGUCAGAACAAGACCGCCAUCUUGCGUUGAACGAGGCCAAGAUUUUAUCGAAGCUAAAACACAAAAAUAUUGUGCGCUACAAAGAGGCGUUUGUAGACCAAGGAAAGCUAUGUAUUGCUAUGGAAUUUGCAGAAAAUGGUAAGUGUAAGACAGGUUUUUGUUUGAAUUCGGUAAAAAGAACAUAUUUAUAGUAGAAUACAAUCAGUUGGGAUGUAGACUUUUAUACGAAAUUAAGUAAAUACCCGUUAUCGUGGAAAGAGAUCAAGUGAUGAAGUAUAAGAAUGACUAAAAAUAUACUCAGCUAAUGCGAACUACCGCUAUUCUGAUCCAUAAAAUUUCCUCAUAUCCAGCAUAACAAUGUAUGCAGUUUUUGGUAGAAUUCCUGAAUGUGGUGUUAACCCGGAAAAUGCAUACAUGAUAAGUGGAAGUGUUGUGCUAAAAUCUUGCCCUGGUUUUGUAUAUUUUAAUUUCUCUACAACAGGAGAUCUAUACACAAGAAUCAGGGAGAGAAAUGGACUAUACUUCUCAGAAAUGGUGAGUUAGAGAAUGUAGCAAGAAAUUUUACCGACUUCGGAGCUUAUACGAGAAAAUUUCAAUAGUCGCACCAUUAUGUGAAUGAAUAAAUGAAUAUAUGAAUGUAUUGUUCUUAUUUGUCACUGUUUCUUUUUUUUUUUUUUGCUUUUAAUGAUUGUAGCAAAUUUUAGGAUGGUUUACACAACUUUGCCUUGCCCUGAAGUACCUUCAUGGACAAAAUAUUCUUCACAGAGGUUAGUGCUAAUUUCGUUAGUUAAAGUUUCGUUUUCAUUAUGUUUGCCAUUUCAAUCACUUUUAAGACCAACAUUUUCUCAAAUAUUAAAACUUAAAAAUAAUGAUUUCAAUUUUAGACCUGAAAACUCAGAACAUUUUUCUCGGUAAAGACGACAUCAUUAAGCUCGGAGAUUUUGGCAUUGCCCGGAUGUUGAAUAAUACUUUAGAUCAUGCGCAGACGACUGUGGGAACGCCAUAUUACCUGUCACCAGAGAUUUGUCAACGAAAGCCGUAUCCUUCCGUGAAAUAAUUUAAACUACCAUAUUUCAACCAUUCUUCGCGGGACUAGGCCGAGUUUAUCAUCACUGUACUUGUUACUCUCUAGUAUUAGGACCAUAUACACAGUAAUGAGUUGAGUACAAAGUCCGCCUAAAGCUUGGGUUCAGAGCAAACUGAAAUCCCCUUUCGGCUUCGCGCUCGCGAAAAUAGGGAGUUUAAGAUCCAUCGACGUGGGCAUGUGAUAAAAUAUGGACUGGACUGGAUUAAUAAAACAUGGAUUAAUAAAACAUAGAGUGAUAAAACAUGGAUUAAUAAAACGUGGAGAAAAUUGUAUUUAUUACCUUUUUACAUUUACAAAGGAGGUAUUAUUUCAUGAGUCCUUAACAGCUUUGUCAGCUACAAUCACAAGAGUGACAUGUGGUCACUGGGAUGCGUGUUGUAUGAAAUGGCUACACUAAAACACGCUUUUAAUGCCAACAACUUCUCCGCCCUUGUUAUAAAGAUCUUACAAGAGCAGUACCCCCCAGUACCUAGGUAAGUUCAAGAAAUAUUAUAGUGUGUAUUUAAUGUUCGAUAGCCUGUAGAAUCAUGAAACUGCUGGAUAAAUAUUCUCAAAGUACUAUUUAUUUUGAAAUGGAGAAUCUUGAGAAAGCGACUUUCAAGUGUCGAUGUCAAUAAACAGAUUGAGGGAGCAAACGUAGCAGUACUGAUUUACUGUUGACUCAAGCCAAUGGCACUUUUCAGCGAUCGAUUUAACUUUUGGGAUUUUAUUUUCAGUUUUUAUGGACCACUUGUGGAGGACUUAGUUUGGGUCCUACUGCAAAAGAACCCAGAUGAUAGGCCCUCAGCGAAGCAGCUCCUUUAUGUACCUUCGAUGCAACCUUAUGUGAAGAGGUUCCUCAUGAGUGAACGAGAGAGGACCGAAAGUCUCGCUUCGGACAUAGCUGAUGUCUCCUCUACAUCAUCAAGGCAUGACUGCUCUCAAAUGUCGGGUGCUGCAAAAGAAGAGAACAUAAAGAACGCCAGUAGAAUGGUCGUCCCUGUUGCUGACAAAUCAAGCCCUUCAAAAGAUGUUGGAGGAAGCGUUUCUAAACAUGUAAAUGCUCCGCAACGAAGAACGUUGCUUGACUAUGCAACACGACCUCAGACCAACGUCACCGUAAUGUACGAGAAAACAGCUGUGAAGGAAAAUCCACGGGAAAUCCAAGGAAAUUUUCAGGCAUAUAACAGUACACCAAAAGAGCGGGAAAAUUUAACCACUCCCAGGGAUAUUCCACAAAAGAGGGAGGCUAGCUGCUCGUCUCAGCAUGAUCACACAUCAAAACCGCGGGAAAACUGUCCCCGUUCAUCUGAUAACAUUGUUAAAGCAGGAGAGAAUUUGCGCGCCAGAAGUUCUCAGGGCACAAGGAAGCAAAGCCUUAUUGCACUGGCACACGCACAGAGACGCAGGUAUUCAGAACAGACUUCGACUUGCUCAGAGCCUGGAGCCAGAGUUCAGAAAUCCCGGAUUCAUUCUCAAGGUUGUCGUGAAUUUGUAGAUGCUGAGGAUGAAGUUUUUACAAAGAAUCAGGCAACAGUUAUUCAUGUUAGAACUGCAAGAAACAGAAAUGUAGGGACAAUACGGACACAAGCGAUUGAUAAACACCAUUCUUCAUCUUGUAAAAGUAAUGUUACUACCAAUCCCGAGCAAAAAAAGCGAAAGCCAGUGUUUUCAGUGAGUCAACCAAAACGCUCUGAGGAUGUACACAAAAGUAAGCGUCAUCAUUCAGCUGUGAGUGACAGGAGCCUCCAUCCAGUUGAACAGAAACAUCAAGGGUAUCAAUAUCGACUUGAUCAUAGUGUUCAAGAUAAGGAGAACGUGAGUCAGGUUAGCUGGUUU